ACGCAGAGACGGAGGGCGAGAAACCCAGGAGCUCCUGGCCCUGAUAGAGUUAGAGUAAGAGGUAACAAGUAGAGGAAAACGGCGUCGCAUAAGCCAAUUUGUCCGCACACUGGUAGCCUGGUUCUUUCACCAUCUGUUCGCCGUAAUUUCUUCGAUUUUGCCGUUGAAUUCGAAUUGAGAGCGGCUUUUAGAUGAGUCGUUUAGGGUUUAAAUCCGCUGUCUAUCUUGGGGAUGUCUGUUUGGGAGAGCUUGAUAAUGUCCCCGUGACGGACCAGAAUUUCCAGUUCCCGAACAACGAGAUUCGAAUCCAUUACAUAUCCCCGCUCAGCGACCGAUGUCCUCCUCUUUCAAUUCUUCAGACAAUUUCUUCGUUUUCUGUUCGCUGCAAACUGGAAUCCUCGUCGCCUCAGGAACAGAAGCAGUUGAUCGAUCUCCAUGCGUCUUGCUUUCAUGAAUUGAAGACGGCGGUUGUGUUAGUUGGAGACGAGGAGAUCCAUUUAGUUGCAAUGCCGAGUAAGCAGAAGAAGUUUCCAUGCUUUUGGUGCUGUUCCGUGCGCGCAGAUCUUUAUAAUUCUUGCUUGAGGAUGCUGAAUAUGCGGUGCCUUGCAAUUGUGUUUGAUCUUGAUGAGACACUUAUAGUAGCGAACACCAUGAAGUCCUUUGAGGACAGGAUCGAGACUCUACGAGGGUGGAUUUCCCGUGAAACUGAUUCGAUGAGGAUAGCAGGGAUGUCAGCUGAGAUGAGACGCUACAUGGAUGAUCGAGCGCUGUUGAAGCAGUACACUGAGAACGACUGUGUUGUGGAUAAUGGAAAGGUGUUUAAGAUUAAACUGGAAGAGGUUACUCCACUCUCUGAUGACCCGGAGAAGAUUUUGCGGCCUGUCAUUCGAUUGCCAGAGAGGGGUACUGUACUCACUCGUAUCAAUCCUGAGAUUCGAGACACCAGUGUGCUUGUGAAGUUACGACCUGCGUGGGAAGAUUUGAGAAGUUAUUUGACUGCAAAAGGACGGAAAAGGUUUGAAGUUUAUGUUUGCACUAUGGCCGAAAGAGAUUAUGCCUUGGAAAUGUGGAGGCUUCUUGACCCAGAAGCGCACCUUAUAAAUUCAAAUAAACUCAUGGACCGUGUUGUUUGCGUAAAAUCAGGCUCGAGGAAAUCUUUGCUAAAUGUCUUCCAAGAUGGUACGUGCCAUCCAAAGAUGGCGAUGGUGAUUGAUGACCGUUCUAAGGUUUGGGAAGACAAAGAUCAACCCCGAGUUCAUGUGGUUCCAGCAUUCACUCCUUACUAUGCUCCUCAGGCGGAGAUAGCAAAUGCUGUUCCAGUGCUCUGUGUGGCAAGAAAUGUUGCAUGUAAUGUUAGAGGUUAUUUUUUCAAGGAAUUUGAUGAGAUUUUAAUGAGAAGGAUCUCUGAAGUUUUCUUUGAAGACGAGGUAAUCAAUUUACCUCCUGCUCCAGAUGUGAGCAACUUUCUGAUGUCAGAGGAUGCAAGUUUUGUUCGUAAUGGAAAUGGCAAUGCCCCUAUCAGUGAGGGUGUGAAUGGUCCAGAAGUUCAAUGGAGGUUAAACCAGUUGGAUGAGAAGUACAGUAUGGAACCACCGACUCAAUCUAUGACAAAUAAUCCUGAAUUGAAAUCUGAAACCUCUCAGCCAGCUGUUGCAGUUAUUCCAAAUGUUGCUGGCCCUGCAUCUUCAACUGCACUCUUUCCAUCUCAGAAGCCAAGUUUGCUCGGACCUCUAAUUAAGGAGAGUGACAAUGAAAUGAAGAGAAGACUUCCUGCCAUGAAGCAUGGUGUGGAUUUGAGGAGUCACAAUUCAGGGCAACCUCCUCUGCUAUCUAGAUUACCUGCACGAGUAUCAAUCUCUACCCAGCCACAUGGGGGCUGGUUGGAAGAAGACGCCAGCAGAGUGCAGCUUAACAAUCGGCCUUCAGGAUUUGUUCAAGAAUCAAAGCUGCGAAUUCCUCAGAAUUCAUUUGGUCCAAGUGCAGCUUCAACUUCAAUUGAUUUGCCCUUGCACUUGUCCCAAGUAAAGGGUGAAGAGGCAGGUGCUGGACAUGAAGUGCCCAAACAAGGUCUUCCUCAUGUCAAUCAGCUAUCAGAAGUUGGUGUAUCUCAGAUUCAUGCGUCUACUAGUUAUAGAGAAGUCCAGAAUGAAGCUGUAAAGUCUAAUAUCUUGCUAUCCCAUUCAUCUAUUGGAGUUUUACUUGAAAUUGGACGAAGAUGCAGCUCAAAGGUUGAAUUUAGGACUGUUUUAAGCACCAGUAAGGAUCUGGAAUUUUCUGUUGAGGUUUUGUUUACUGGUGAAAAGAUAGGUGUAGGAAUGGGCAAGACAAGAAAGGAUGCUCAACAAGCAGCAGCUGAGGUUGCCCUUCACAGCUUGGCAGAAAAAUAUGUAGCAUAUAUCAAACCUCAUUCUGGAGCUGUUGACAAAGAUUUCAAUAAGCUUUCAUCUGGCAGCGAAAAUGGAUUUCUGUGGGACACUGUCAAUCCUGGAUCAUAUGAACAAGAUGGGUUGCUCGAUGAAGGUAAUCCUGAGACAACUGAAGUUGAAACUGGGAGUACCUCCUCCAAUUUGGUCAAUCAACAAGUCCAGAAGCGUGCAAAUUCUCCAAGGUAACAUCCGAUUGUCGCAAUCUAGUCCUAGUAAACGAUACAAGGAACACGUAGCGCCUGGUUCACAAAGCCCAUCCUAGUUCCUAGUCAUAGAAACAGAAUGAUGGGCAUUGUGUUUCAUGAAAGACCAUUUGAAACCUCCAAUUUGACGCCUUAAGCUUGCAGUAUUCGGCUUAUACAGACAACAGAGGUGAAGAAAUUCUCAUUAUCCUUCUAUUUUAACCUUUAAAUGGGAAGAUGGGCUAUAUUUUUGUCAUUGCCCUAGUUUUUCGUAUACUUUAGAUGGCAGAUUGCAGGAUCCAGCAGUCCAUUUUGUACUCAUCCUUUCUUAUAGAAGCCCAUUUGAUCUUCAGUUGAUCAGCUUUUGAUACAAUUGAAUUUGCAUUUGCCAUUCUGAAUUUGUUUGACAAUAUGAUUAAAGGUAUUAUCAAUGCAACUAAGCCUAGAAUUGAUUGA